GAAUACAUGGAAACGACAACAAGAAAUGCUUGAACUUGCUUACAAUAAUCAAACCGUGUUAGAUCGGCUCCUUGACGUCCAUACUGAGUAUAAUAGGAGUAAAUUUGAAGACGAACAUUUGAUGAGUCAAAAAUAUAAAGCAAACAUAUUGAAGUUUCCCCGUGACUGGCGAGAAAUAAAUGAGAAGAUGCGACGUAUACAGGAGGACAUCAGAUUCCAAGUCCUAAGUAUGCGCACUGGAAAGGGAAGAAAACGAAAGAAGCCUCAGUGGUUAAAACAGAAAGAAGCUUAUGAAGCCAUGAGAGCGGAAAGAAUAGCGAAGGAAUUCUCUGAGACAGCACAACAAGAGCGAAUUCUCAGAGGGAAAGACAAAUUAAAGGUUUCAGAAAAGACAAGAAAUGCAGUACCUGAUAGAAAGUUGCCUGAUAAAAAUAAGAAGGUAGAACAAGAGACAACAGCAGGAGGUAAAAAACGCCUCACAGGAAAACAAAAGAAAGAAAGAAUUAAAAAGGCAAGUGAUGGAGUAGGAAAAAACAAUGAAGACCAAAGCUGCAAUGAAAAAGAAACUAUGAAGAAGGAUGGCCCAUCAUCAGAAACUGAUCAUUCCACUAUUAAAGAACACGUUGAUGAGGAAAUUGCAAGCAGUGCUACAGAAGACGAGGAAUGCAGUUCUGAAGACCCUGGAGCUACUGUAAGGGAUGGUACAUUAUCAGAAACUGAUCAUUUAACGGUUGAAGGAGAAAGCGUCGCUGAGCAUUCAGAUGAUACUGAAAAUAAUAGCAGUACGGAAAAAAAUAAUUAACAUAAGUAAUUAAAUUUAAAAAAUCAAAUUUUCACUUAUAAAGGAUAGAUAAUUUAAAUUUAUGUGACAAAAGGAAAGGAGAAGAAUUGUAUGAUACACUCAGGAUUUCUAAAGUUAUUAAACUGCCUGUAAGUUGUCCUUUCUA